GUAGUCUUGAAUUAAAUUCGUUCGCGUUCAGAGCUCUUGGAACUGGUUGGAAUACGGGCUUAAAAGUUUGUCUGGCUUCCCCCACAAGAGAGAGAUUAAAUAGAAAUAACGCAUUAAUCAGCCGCUGUGGUUGGCCAUUUCGACCGAAAGUCAAGGUUACCGAAACUACAUAACUGAAGACAGGAUGGGUCUACGCCAGAAUCUCGCAUGGGCUGUUCUAGCCAUUAUCAGCUGCUCUUCUGUCUUCGCCGCUCCCCAGCAGUCCUCAAAUGUGGAGAGAAACAUUCAGGAUAUCUUCAAUACGAACCCAAGUCUACCACCGGCACGCGGCGGGUUUGCUGAGGUGGUUACACCAGUUCCUAUUGGCGCCUCAAAUCCGUUGAUUGACUUCACUUCGAUCAGUGGAAAGACGUCCAAUUGCAAUUGCGUACCCUACUAUAUGUGCGAUCCGUCGACGAACAGCAUCACCGAGGACGGCGCAUUCGAUGGCUUUGGUGUCAUUGACAUUCGCUUUGGCGAUGAUGAUCCUGUUUGUCCCUCCUCUGUGGACGUUUGCUGCGCUGGCAAUCGCACACGCGAACAGGUCCUAAAUCCAACGCCUUUGGAGAAGCGGCCAAAUCAGCCACGCGGCUGUGGCAUUCGCAAUGUCGGCGGAUUGGAUUUCACAUUGACCGGUGCAACACAGAAUGAGGCCGGAUUUGGCGAGUUCCCCUGGACUGUUGCGCUGCUACAUGCCAACAAUUUUAGCUACUUUUGUGGUGGCUCACUCAUCCACCCGCAGGUGGUGCUGACUGCAGUGCACUGCCUACUCCCGCAUGCCCCAGGCUCAUUCCUGAUCCGCGCAGGUGAAUGGGACGCACAGACAACCAGAGAGCGUCUGCCAUACCAGGAACAAACGGCCAAGCAAAUUAUUUUGCAUCCUCAAUUCAACAUCCGGAAUGUUGCGAAUGACUUUGCGCUGGUUAUACUCUCACAGCCAUUCACACUGGCGGAUCACAUCAAUGUGGUGUGUCUGCCCCCCCAGGGCGCUAGCAGUACGGCUGGCACCACCUGCUACUCCACCGGCUGGGGCAAGGAUGUCUUUGGUGCCGCUGGAAAGUACAGCGUUAUAAUGAAGCGCGUCCCGCUGCCCGUUGUCGACUUCAACAGCUGCCAAUCACGGCUGCGUAGCACGCGACUCGGUCCCAGAUUCGCCUUGGAUCGCUCGUUCAUGUGUGCUGGUGGCCAGCGAGGUGUCGACACCUGUCAAGGCGAUGGCGGUGCGCCGCUCGCAUGCCCAAUCGGAUUAUCGUCGGACAAUCGCUAUCAGCAAAACGGCAUUGUUGCCUGGGGCAUUGGAUGCAAUGAUGAGGUGCCCGCUGCCUACGCCAAUGUCGCAUUAGCGCGUGAUUGGAUUGAUCAGCAAAUGCUGGGCAAUGGCUUUGAUACAUCUACAUAUACAGCCUAACUGACUAAAGCUCUGAUAUCUCAUUCAAAUUAAAGAAA